UGCGAGCAGACGCUGUUGCGAGGGGAAGCUCAGCCAGUCUGCCUGGUUUCGCGCGUCACAGCGCCUGAGGGGGCCAGGGGACGGAGGCGGAAGGAGACUCCAGUCCCCGAAAGGCCUCGCACUCGGCCUUCCUCCGUGGCGCCAGCACCGGCUGGGAAUAACGUCCUGCAGAAUGGAUCCCCAAGUCAAGCUCAAUGUGACCUUCCAAAGUGACACCCAGAGCUUUCUCGUUUCUGAUUCCGCUAGUACCACAUGGGCUGAUGUGGAAGCCAUGGUGAAAGUCUCAUUUGAACUGAAUGAGAUCCAGAUUAAAUACCUAGAUGAAGAUCAUGAUGAGGUAUCUGUCAAUACUGCAGAGGAAUAUGAAGAGGCUUUGAAGAUUGCAGUGAAACAAGGCAAUCAGCUACAAAUGAAUGUGUAUGAAUUAAGUACUGCUUCAGACAUGCUUCCACAGCAAGCUCCUGAGACAUCUGAGAGACCAGUUGUUUCUAAAGAUGGGAGAAAGCCUCUUUCUCACUAUUCUUCGCUUGCUCGGACCUUGGCACAGGACAAAGUCGCGGAGAAGGAGAGGGAACAGAGUGGGCCCCAUCUCAGUGAAGCCCCACCUGAGUGGUUCACAAGCUACUUGGAAAAGUUCCGUGAACAAGUGGUCCAAGAGACAGUUGAAAUGCUCGAACAGAAGUUGAAUGAGAAGCUUCUCCUCUACAACCAACCUCCCAGCUCCUUGAGCAGCUCAACCCAUCAGGCUCCUGUGAGCCCUCCAGUGCAAAGCAAUCCCUUUGACUGGCUCCUCUCCUGCAGCAACUGUCAGGCCCCCAUCGUGGGCAUUCGCUACCAGUGUAGUGUGUGCCCAUCCUACAGCAUCUGUGAAUUGUGUGAAGCAGGAAUCUAUGCCCAUGAUCCUAACCACGUGCUUUUGAAGCUGCGAAGACCUAUCUUGUGCAUCUCAGAGUCAUACAACCUUGGACAGUUCUCCCCUCGCCUUGCCACUCUGGAACAAGUCAGGCUCCAAAAACAGAUGGAUAAGCGUUUCCUGAAGGCUGAGAAGCAACGCUUGCGAGCAGAGAAGAAGCAGCGUAAGGCCGAGGUGCGGGAACUCAAAAAGCAGCUGAAGUUACAUCGGAAAAUCCAUCUCUGGAACUCUAGUCAUGCUCUGGAGAACACCAGCUUAGCUGUUACCAAGACUGAAAACCUACAGUCCAGUACACUUCUUCCCCUUCAAGGUUGUCCUGUCAUUGUCCCCACUCUGAGCGCUGCCUUCGUGGAUGAGAAUCUGCCAGAUGGAACCUGUCUCAGGCCAAGGACAACCUUCAUCAAACAUUGGCGGAUGAGGAACACUGGCAACAUGGAGUGGAGCUCUGAAACCAAGCUAAAAUUUAUGUGGGGGAACCUAACCCUGUUGUCUUCAGAGAAGAAGGAUGUGAUUGUACCCUCCUUGCUACCUGGCCAGGUGGGAGUUGUCUCAGUGGAGUUUGUGUCCCCGGCAGUGGAAGGAACCUACACAUCUCACUGGCGGUUAUCACACAGGGGGGAGCAAUUUGGCCCCAGGAUCUGGUGCAGCAUUGUUGUCGACCCCAAUUCCUCCAAUACUGAAUAUACAGAGAAUUGCAAGCUGGUAUCUACUUUCUGCCAGAAGGGCAGAUCCCUUUGUAAGGAAGAGGAAAGACUCUCUAAGUUCAAGGCAGAAGCUCUGCAGGCUGUUGAUAGUGCCAUGCAGGGAGGUUUGGUCAGCCGGACUGCUCCAACCAAUGUCAAAAGCAUCCUAAGUGCUAGAGAGUUUUACAUCCCUUCAGUCGACCUUCUCACAGCUCAGGAUUUACUCUCCUUUGAAUUGCUGGAUAUUAACAUUGUGCAAGAACUGGAGCAAGUCCCUCGCAACACUCCUGUUGACACGACUCCAGAUAUGUCAGUCCUGCCCCAUGACACCUCCCCAUUGGACAACACCAGUCUGGACCAGAAGCAGGAAGAAAGGGAAGAAAAUACAUGUAAACAAUUACCUGAUACUCUGGUGGGGAAAGGAAAGACUGAAAACUCAGCAAAUCUAGAGGAAGCAGAAGAAGACAUGAGUGGGAGACAGUUUGUGUGUGAAACAGUCAUUCGCUCUCUCACGUUGGAUGCUGCACCUGACCAUAGGCCCCCACAAAGAAAGAAGUCUUUGCAGGGGUCUCUGCAAACACUACAAGAUACCAUCCACUACAUCCCUAAAAGCAAGGACCCUGUUAGCCCUGUUUCUACACCAAAAGAGCCAGAGUCUAGCAAUCGAGGCAUGGAGAUAGCUAGAGAACUAGACUUCGAGAAUCUCUCAGUGCAUGAUGGGGAGGAGCCGAGGGAUGGGGAAGCAGAAGAUGAUGCCAAGGAUGAAGUCUGCAGCCAAGCAUCGUCUACCUCCUCUGAGGAUUAUAUCAUCAUACUCCCAGAGUGCUUCGACACUAGCCGUCCUCUGGGCGACUCCAUGUACAGUUCUGCUCUCUCUCAGCCAAGCUUGGAGAAAGCGGCAGAGACCUCAGCACAUCCUGAAGGAGUGAGCCACUUGCCAGUACAGAAUAUCAAUGAUAUACUGACCACUUCGCAGACACUGGAUGAAGUACCGUUGAUCCCUCAAAUUGUGGAACCGCAGCCCACAAGAAUUCUGGCACCUUCUCAAAAUAACAGUUCCCCAGCAAGUAGUGCUCCUAAUAGAGAAGACACUCCUUUGAUUCCUGACCAAAUGAGAGAAGAGAUCCAAGGAGGAGAGAUACCCGAGCCUCCUCCAAUAGGGAAUGAAAAGAUCACGCAAACAUGCCCAGAAUUAUCCAGACAUACGCAGGGAAACAGCAUCGCUGGUGGCUUGGUGAAGGGGGCCUUGUCAGUGGCUGCCUCCGCCUACAAGGCUUUGUUUGCCGGACCACCUUCCUUGGACCAGGCUCUUCCUGUGACCACUGAGGAUCAUAUGGCCACCUUCCUAUCCAACCUGAGCGAGAUGGGCUUCCGUGACCGGCACCUUAACCUCAGGUUGCUGCGUAAACACAACUGUGACAUGGCCCAAGUUGUCACAGAAUUGUUACAGCUAAGUCACAGUGACUGGUAUGAAAACCAGUACUGAACUUUGUUCCUCUUGCUCAUUAAAAAAAUGAGCAGCAAGCGGCACCAGCAGCAUUCUGCUCCCUUCUAUUCCAGCAUACCAGAGAUGAUUGGGCUCUGUUUUUCAGCACCGUACAGUUCCCAAUGUACCAAUUUCCCAUAGAUCAGACACUAGGAUUUUCUUUUUCUUUAAACCCUUAAACACUAGUCUUCAACUGACAUAAUGCAAGAGUCUUUGUAGAAGAAAAGAGAUGAACAUACAUGAAGAGCUCUGUCACUAACUUGUAGCUAUUGUUGAUGUGCUGCAAGAACACAAGAAGUUGGCAUGGAGUGGGGGGCAUGUUUCUGAAGACCCAUCUCCAAAUUCUGUCAAUUUGUGAAGGAAGUAACCAAGCGGUUUAUUCUCUAGGUUGUUUGAAAAUGCCCCAUGUCUUAUUGAAGCAAUAAUUUUAUCGCCAACUCCAUGUUGUGUGUCUCGCAGGCACGGACACUGCCUGGAAAGAAAUUAUAUUCUAAUUACUGUUUUCUCCUGUCAAGACUCAUCUGUCCUUUAUAUGCUGCUGUUUGAGGGUUCAUUAUUGGGAAUGGAAUAGUGUUAAAAGAGCCGAGUAGGUAAGAGAAUUCACUGGGUGGCUUGCCAUGCAAAAUACCAAAAGAAAGAGCAGUUGCUCCAACUAUGUAGAUCUUUAGAGCUAUUAUUGAUAGUUAAUGCUGGGAAGUAUUGGAAGGGCAGAUGGUCAAGACACACAUGAGUGUUUCAGAAGCUAUUUUUGUAGACAUUUUUACCGCUCAAGAGUUUCAGAGGGAUAGAAUCCCAAACGCAGUAUUCUUGAUUCAUUCUGUCUAGAUAAUGGACCAAUUUGGGAGUUUUAAAAAUUAAAUGACUUUAAUUAUGCUUGAUAUAGUUCAAAUAUGUUAGUAGCGCUAUUCUUGCAUGACACAGAGCAGGCAAAAAAAACACAUUGGAAAUACUGGAAAAGAGAGAGAAUUAAGCAAAAGCUACCUACAUCCCUCAAUCAAAAGAUAUGGGACUCAAAAUACAGUAGGGAUUUUUUCCCCUAACAAUCUUACAUUAAAUCUGAAUUUUGUCAGUUCCCACUGGAUUGUCCUUUUACUUUACUCUCAGGUGUUCCUUUGACUUUUCAAAUAUUAUUGAAAUAAUGGAUGCUUACUCUUUCAAAAUGUGGUGAUGGCGUAGACCAGAUCUGCUUUUUCUGUGAUUAAUAAUACCAGUAAUGAGGAAGCCAGAAUCUAGAAAUGAGUGGGAGAAAAGCCUCUUCUUAAGAAGAAAAGAAAUGUAUGGAAAAUGUACUCAUGCAGAAUGCUGCUUUGGGAAAGAAAAUUACUUCACAGAACGCUAAAACCUUAGAAGAGAAACAUUCACUUUUGGAACGUCUUAUUGUUGAGGCGAUGGGGAGAGAUCUUGAUAUUCCCAAAUAGAUUUUCUUGGUUUUGUAUCAAUUAGUUUUAUUGCUACAAGUUCGUUCUGAACAUUUCUUGUUAGACUUAGAGAGAAGAACAUUCUUUUUAGGUUUCAAAAAAAGCUGAAGUUUUCUUUUGUUGGCUUUAUAUAUUUUAUGAGAGGAUGCAUGGAUGAUAAUUUAAACAGUGCAAAUCUUUGUAUAUUAUUUAGAAUAAGCACUUUGAAACUGUCUUUUGGGUGUGACAAAACAUUAAAUAAAAUAUACAUGAAAGGA